AUGGCGACCAUGAACUCGAGUGUUCUCACCUGCAGCUACGCAAUCUCUGGUGCUAGCUCAGUAGAGCUAAACCAGAAAGUUGGUUUGGCGAAUUCGUCGAUUGGGUUUGGUCAGAAGAAACAGAUGGUUAUGCCUGUGAUCAGAGCUCAAAGAGUUGGUGGUGAUGAUGUUGAUGGAUCUAACGGAAGAAGAUCCGCCAUGGUUUUCUUAGCUGCUACACUCUUCUCCUCUGCUGCUGUUUCUGCUUCUGCUAAUGCUGGUGUUAUCGAUGAGUACCUCGAGAGGAGCAAAACCAACAAAGAACUAAAUGAUAAGAAGAGAUUGGCAACAAGUGGAGCAAACUUUGCAAGAGCAUUCACUGUUCAAUUCGGAAGCUGCAAGUUCCCUGAGAAUUUCACUGGAUGCCAAGAUCUUGCCAAGCAAAAGAAAGUCCCAUUUAUCUCAGAAGAUUUGGCGUUGGAAUGCGAAGGGAAAGACAAGUACAAGUGUGGUUCCAAUGUUUUCUGGAAAUGGUGA